AUAUUUGUCCUCUUGUAUGUCGUGCAGUAUUUGACAUUGCACGGGUAAUUGCGGUUGGCUAUGUACCUACCGAUAUUUGUCCUCUUGUAUGUCGUGCAGUAUUUGACAUUGCACGGGUAAUUGCGGUUGGCUAUGUACCUACCGAUAUUUGUCCUCUUGUAUGUCGUGCAUUAUUUGACAUUGCACGGGUAAUUGCGGUUGGCUAUGUACCUACCGAUAUUUGUCCUCUUGUAUGUCGUGCAGUAUUUGACAUUGCACGGGUAAUUGCGGUUGGUUAUGUACCUACCGAUGUUUGUCCUCUUGUAUGUAGAACAUUAUUUGACAUUGCACGGAUUAUUGCGGUUGGCUAUGUACCUACCGAUAUUUUUCCUCUUGUAUGUCGUGCAGUAUUUGACAUUGCACGGGUAAUUGCGGUUGGCUAUGUACCUACCGAUAUUUGUCCUCUUGUAUGUCGUGCAGUAUUUCACAUUGCACGGGUAAUUGCGGUUGGCUAUGUACCUACCGAUAUUUGUCCUCUUGUAUGUCGUGCAGUAUUUGACAUUGCACGGGUAUUUGCUAUAUGCAACUCUCUGUGGUUUGUAGAUGCAGGUUGGAUCAAGGUUCGGCACGUUGGCUUCGGCUGUGUAGAUACAAUGGUAGCACCAAUUCACUCCUUCAACUAUUGGAAAGUCU